AUGGGCGGAACUUCACAAAAUCAAGCAGCAACGACUAAAGAUGUUUUACUCGAUUUUCUUGCUGGUGGAACAGCUAUUUCAAAAACAGCCGUAGCACCACUUGAACGUGUAAAACUUCUUUUACAAACACAAGAUGUUAAUCAAAAAAUUAUGCAAGGAAAAAAAUACAAAGGAUUUGGUGAUUGUUUCAUUCGAUGUAUUCGAGAAGAAGGGCCCAUUUCUCUUUGGCGUGGUAAUUGGGCAAACGUUAUUCGUUAUUUUCCAACACAAGCAUUAAAUUUUGCAUUCAAAGAACGUUAUCAACGAAUGUUUGCUAAUUAUAAUCCAAAAUUAAAUCCAUAUAAAUUUUUUGCUGGUAAUCUAUUCGCUGGUGGCAUGGCUGGUGCAACAGGUUUAUUAUUUGUUUAUCCACUUGAUUUUGCUCGAACACGUCUUGGUGUUGAUAUUGGAAAAUCAAUUAGUGAACGACAAUUCAAAGGCAUGAAUGAUUGUCUUAUUAAAAUUUAUAAAGCUGAUGGUAUUCAAGGUCUCUAUCGAGGUUUUGCUAUUAGUGUUGCUGGUAUAUUUGUCUAUCGAGCAUUUUAUUUUGGUGGUUAUGAUGCUGGUAAGAUAAUUUCAGGGGAUAUUCCUACUCUUUUGGACUACUUAUUUAUGUUUGGUGAUGAUCCAAAUCCGAAUAUAUUUUAUCGUUUUCUUUUUGCACAAUUUAUUACAUCAUCAUCAGAAUUUCUUGCUUAUCCACUUGAUACAAUCCGACGUCGUUUGAUGAUGCAAAGUGGUCGUGGUGAUAUUAUUUAUCAAGGAACAAUCGAUUGUGCACGAAAGAUUGCUGUUAAUGAAGGCUCAACAGCUUUUUUCAAAGGCAAUUUAUCAAAUAUUUAUCGUAGUGUUGGUUCAUCACUUGUUCUUGUUCUCUAUGAUGAAUUUAAACGGUGGCUUCUCCUUGCUGGUCAAGCAUCUUAUGCUAAAUAA